UACAGACGCCAUUGUUAUUGUGAAAAUUUUGUUGUGGUGAGCUGCAGUGUUCUUUGUCUUUCUACACGGUUUAUAAUAUUAUAUAUUUAACAUCGAGAAAAAUUAUUGUGUGUAUAUACCGUUUAAUAAAUCAUUGUAAUGGGUCUUAUUUGCUCUACAGCACAGCUUGCUUGCCUCUGUGGGAGCACAGCUUGUAGUUUCUGUUGCUCUCAGUGUCCAACAUGCCGCAACAGUACAAGUACCCGUAUUAUGUAUGCAUUAUUGUUAAUGCUGGGAACAAUUGCUGCUUGCAUUACAUUAGCUCCUGGUUUACAGGAUGAACUUAAGAAGGUUCCAUUUUGUACUAACAGCUCAAGUUAUGUACCAUCAAAGUUCACUGUUGACUGUGAAUCUGCUGUUGGUUAUUUAGCGGUAUAUAGAAUAUGUUUUAUUAUAGCUCUUUAUUUUUUCUUAAUGUCAAUCAUGAUGAUAAGAGUAAAAAGUUCCAAAGAUCCUCGAGCUCCUAUACAAAAUGGAUUUUGGGCUAUUAAAUACCUUUUAAUAAUUGGCGGUAUUAUUGGUGCUUUCUUCAUACCUGAAAAAUCAUUUGGAACAACAUGGAUGUAUUUUGGAAUGAUAGGUGGCUUUCUUUUUAUUAUUAUACAAUUAAUUCUUAUUGUUGAUUUUGCUCAUACAUGGGCAGAUGUUUGGGUGGAGAAUUAUGAAGAAACUGAAUCAAAAGGAUGGUAUGCUGCACUUUUGGGAGCAACAUUAUUUAAUUAUGUUGUUUCUAUUACUGGAAUUGUUCUACUUUUUAUGUAUUUUACACAUGUGGAUAGUUGCGAUUUGAACAAAUUUUUCAUAUCUUUUAACCUGAUUUUAUGUGUAAUUGCUAGUAUUAUAUCAAUUCUUCCAUACGUACAAGAAUAUAAUCCACGAUCUGGUCUUCUUCAAUCAUCUAUUGUAUCACUGUAUGUUGUUUAUUUAACUUGGAGCGGAAUUUCAAAUAGUCCAGAUCGUAACUGCAAUCCUGGAUUUUUAGAAAUAAUUUCUGGUGAUGAUGCUGGUGCACGAAAUCGUGUUGCUUUUGACAAAGAAAGCAUUAUUGGUUUAAUUAUUUGGUUUAGCUGUGUACUAUAUAGUUCUUUAGGUACUGUGUCUAAAUCCUCAAAGAUUACAAUGACUGAAAACGUAAUGGCAAGAGAUAAUGGUGCAGUCAGGAAUACAGCAGACCAAAGUCUUAUCGACAAUGAAGAUUAUACUCCGGUAAAAGGUCGCAAUGUCGAUGCAGAAAAUCAGAAUGAAACAAAAGUCUGGGAUAAUGAAGAAGAUUCAAUAGCAUACAACUGGAGUUUCUUCCAUCUUAUGUUUGCUCUUGCUACCUUGUAUGUUAUGAUGACACUUACUAAUUGGUAUCAACCAAAUUCCAAUUUGGACACCUUGAAUGCAAAUACUGCUUCAAUGUGGGUAAAAAUUAUAUCUGCCUGGAUGUGCUUAGGGUUGUAUACUUGGUCACUGAUAGCUCCAGCAAUAUUAAGAAAUCGAGAUUUCUCGUAAAUACAUUAUUUUCACGUCAAAAGUGGUAAUUGACAGUUUUUGCAAUGCCUGCAUAGUUAAACCUUUGUUGUAAAAUUCUCACCUAUAGAAUGGUGACAUUGUAAGUAUCAUUUGAUACAUUGUU